AUGAGGAAAGGAGACCGAUGGAGCAACACCAUUUCAGUGUCAGCGAAGCAAUGGGUAUGCGAGUACAAGCGGAAGCGUCACAAAAUAGGGAAGAUGUACAAAAACACGGAGCCAACUGUUUCCCAGGAGAAUAUAAAAUCUCUGGGUGAUUUUAUCCGGUUUACGAACGAAGGAAUUCCUACGCGAGCGGAGCAACUCAAGAGAGACCGCAAAUUGUAUGAGACAGGCAAUCUCCCUCAAGCCGCCAGCAGUUCAUCGGGUGCCACUCUCCAAGGCGAAGUGGUGGGUACCAUCGAGUCCCAUCGUUCCUCCCCAAAGCAGCGCAAGGGAAUCUCCGUAUCCUUCUCGAACGGCCAGAUCGUUCUGGACCGUUCCUCGAUCAACCGUCAAGUUGACCAAUUUGAUGGAAACGACAGCGACGAUGAGCAGGAACUCGCCGAUCUGAUCAAUAAACCCUACCGUCAACGAAAACACAAACUGGUCAGCUGGUCCGUCGAGGAAACCCGCCAAUUUUACGAGUGUUUGCGUCGUUUCGGCACCGAUUUCUUCUUGAUGAACCAGGUCAUCACCAAUCGAACGCGGAACGAUGUGAGCCAUUCUUGCCGAAUUCGAUCGAAUCUAGCUAAAAAACAAGUUCAAAACCGAGGAAAAGCGAAAUCCGCGCUUGGUCAACCUCACUUUGGCCGUUCAUUUGAAGGAGAAAAUUAG